AUGGAGUACAAAUACUCGGAAAUUAUCGAGUAUGAUACACAGGGCCUAUGUCUAGACAUUCCUGUGCGCAAGCACUUGAACGCCAGCCUAGAGGACCGUGGAUCUCGCGAAGCACGUGCGGAUUGGGAGAAGUUUGUUGGCCCUCUCUCACAGAAUGCGGGCGCGUACUGCGCGGGUCACAGCUUUGUGGCUAUUUCUGUACCAGAUUGCUUGCCAGAUAGACUGGAAGUUAUAUCCUAUGCAAAUGAAUUUGCUUUUCUACAUGAUGAUGUGACUGAUGUUGCAGAUCAAGAUACAGAAACCCAGGAGAACGACCACAUGUUACAAGCACUGAUGGAAGGUGUUCGACAAGGGUCUAUUGAGGCUAGAGAGUCGGGUAAGCGCCAGAUCCAAGCCAAGAUCCUGAUGACUAUGAUGGCUCUUGAUCGCGACCGAGCCAAAGUAGCGACCACUGCUUGGGCCAAGUUCCUAGAGCAAGGGUCAGGAAGAGAAAACCAUAAUCAUUUCUCAACCCUCGAGGAGUACCUGCCUUACAGAUCCAAGGACUCCGGCCACAUGUUCUGGCACGCCAUUAGUAUAUUUGGGUGUGGCCUUACUGUGCCUGAUCAUGAGAUGGCCCUGGUUACGGAAUAUGUCAUGCCUGCCUCUCUCGCAUGCAGUCUCCAAAAUGAUCUUCUCUCAUUCGGCAAGGAAUAUGAGGCUGCGUUAGAGGCUGGCCAGACCGAGAUCUGCAAUGCUCUAUGGGUUCUCAUGGGGGAACACAAUUGCACGUUGAAGGAGGCAAAGGCCCUGUGCAUCCAGCGUAUCCAUGAAGAGGUUAGAAAAUACCUGCAGUAUGCGGAGCGCGCCCGAGAGAUGCAUAAUUUGAGUGCAGAUGGCAAGAAGUACGUGGAUAUGAUGCGAUUUACGAUCAGUGGAAACGCCGCAUGGAGUCUCCGCUGUCCUCGUUACAACCGCCCACUUCAAGUCAAGAUCAAUGAAGAUGAGCGCCUAACCCUCGAUGGCAUUCCAAAGAAACUCAAACGUGGCUCUUGUCUGAUCGAACGUCGACGUCUGCUGACUCGGUUGCUUCCGACUUACAGUGAAUCAGAUCAUUCAGACGCCAUGUCUCGUCGUACUAUUGACGGUGUUGACAGACCAGAGACCCCCGCACAAGAGCCAAAGAUUAAUGGGAUGAAGACAGAUGAUAUUGAAUCCGUCCUAGAGCCAUUGAUCUUUGAAGAGGACUCGGAAACAAGUAAUUGGUCUUCCUUGGGCCCCGAAGAGGCGGCGUUGGCCAUUUAUCCUCAGAUGAAGUCUGAUGUCGUUACUGAGCCAUAUCGCUACCUCAGCUCUCUUCCAUCCAAGGGAGUUCGCGAUAUGACCAUCAAUGCACUCAACUUCUGGCUCAAGGUUCCCAAUCAUUCUAUGGAUUUGAUCAAGUCAGCUGUCAGAAUGUUGCACGGCUCUUCUCUCAUGCUUGACGAUAUUGAAGACGGCUCUCGCCUCCGUCGCGGCAAGCCCUCAACGCACGAAAUCUUUGGGCAUGCACAAACCAUCAAUUCUGCAACCUACCAAUACAUCCACGCAACUCAAGAGAUCAGGAAACUGAGGAACCCGCAUUCUAUUGAUAUUUUUAUUAACGAGGUUCAGCAACUCUUCAUUGGCCAGAGUUAUGACCUUCUUUGGACAUCUGAGCUGUCUUGCCCAACAGUCCCAGAAUAUCUGCAGAUGAUUGAUGGCAAAACUGGAGGCUUGUUCCGUCUUCUCACCAGACUUAUGGUAGCUGAGUCUAAGUACUCAGGCGAAGUGGAUUUCACGCGAAUGUGCUCACUUUUCGGGCGAUAUUUCCAAAUUCGAGAUGACUACCAGAAUCUUACCAGUGAUGAUUAUACCAACCAAAAAGGAUUCUGUGAGGAUCUUGAUGAGGGGAAAUAUUCCCUGCCCCUGAUCCUGGCCCUCACCAAGUCUCCGCGCAAAGGACAAAUCAAUUCUCUCCUAGUACAGCGGCGUGUAACAGGUUCUUUGGGAUAUGAGCAAAAAUGUUUGAUUCUGGAACACAUUCGAGGGUCUGGUGCUCUCGAGGCGACUAAGGCCGUCAUGGACUCAUUAGCCAAAGAGCUCGAGGGAGAGGUGGACAGGCUCGGACAAAUUUUUGGGGAAGAAAAUCUGGAGCUGAAGUUGAUCCAGGAGAUGCUCAAGGUUUAA